CGAGUCGGUAACAGAUAAUCCAAUAAGUAUCACGAGUGUUUCGAAACAAGCAACAUUCACGGGAUGAAUGAUUCUAAAAAAAUAAGUAUCACGGGUGUUUCUUACAUCAAAAUCAAAACUACACCUCCUUUAACUAUAUAUAUGAGAUAUCUCUUCUCAUUUCAGCAACACAAAUCAUCCCUCUCUUUUUAUUUUCAAAUCAUCCCUCUCUCAUUUCAAAUGGCCUCAUCUUCUCAUUAUCAUUACCACCAAGAUAAUGAUGAUGAUAUUGAUCUUGAUACCCCAUUUGAAGAAUUUUUUAACAACUAUGCUCCUAUUCCAGAACCAAAAGAGCGAAAAAAACGUAUUUUUAUCGAGAGACACCAGGAGGAAGGCCACAAGCAAUUGUGGAAUGAUUAUUUUUCUGAAACUCCGACGUACUCGAGCAAUUUAUUCCGGCAACGGUUUCGAAUGAAUAAAUCACUGUUCAUUCGUAUUGUGCAUCGUCUCUCCACCGAAGUAGAAUAUUUUCAUCAAACACAAGAUGCACUCGGACGGUCAAGUCUAUCACCUCUACAAAAAUGUACCGCAGCAAUUCGUCAAUUGGCAUAUGGAAGUGGAGCUGACACGGUUGACGAAUAUGUCCGACUUGCCGAAACAACAGCGCGAAAAUGUUUGCACGAAUUUACCGUCGGAAUAAUCCUCCUAUUUGGCGAAGAAUACCUAAGGCGUCCCACCCCGGAGGAUCUGGCCAGAUUACUCCAUAUCGGCGAACAACGUGGAUUUCCAGGGAUGAUUGGAAGCAUCGACUGUAUGCAUUGGGAGUGGAAGAACUGUCCCACCGCUUGGAAAGGAAUGUAUUCACGAGGAACAGACAAACCAACAAUUGUCUUGGAGGCGGUGGCUUCCUAUGACCUAUGGAUAUGGCACGCUUUUUUUGGAGCUCCAGGUACUAUGAACGAUCUUAAUAUUCUUGAUCGAUCACCUGUUUUUGAUGACAUUAUUAACGGAAUAGCACCAGAAGUAAAGUUUAAUGUCAACGGAACAGAGUACGGUAUGGCUUAUUAUCUUACUGAUGGUAUUUAUCCGAAAUGGGCGACUUUUAUUCAAUCUAUCAGACUACCACAAGGUCCGAAGAAUUCAUUAUUCGCUCAAACCCAAGAAGCUGUUCGAAAAGAUGUUGAACGUGCCUUUGGAGUCCUGCAAGCUAGAUUUACCGUUGUCAAAAAUCCAUCUAAGUUAUGGGAUAAAGACAAAAUAUCAAAUAUUAUGAGAGCUUGUAUAAUACUCCAUAAUAUGAUUGUCGAAGAUGAACGAGCAUCAUUCACUCAGUUUAACACUUUUGAAUUUCAAGAAAGAGAAGAUGAGGAUUCAUUUUCCAUCAAUAUGCCUUCACAACUCGGCAAUACAAUGGAUCGUCGAACAAGUCUACGGAAUAGACAAACCCAUCAACACUUAAAAAAUGAUUUGAUUGAAAAUAUAUGGAGUAAAUUUGGACAUCUUCCAAAUGACAUAUAAAUUCUAAAUUUAUAUGAAUUGAAUAAAUUGUUUGUUUUGUUUUAUUUUUUGUUUUUGUAUGAUUUUCUGUUUUUUUUUAUAAACAAAUAUGUGUAAUAUUCUAUGAAAUGAAUAAAAUGUUUGUCUAUUUCA